CCCGGCAGAAUGAUGCGGGAACCGGGGCGCCAUUUGAGUGCGGUGUUACUAGCGCUGCGGGAGGGGGUAGGAGUAGGAGUAGGCCGGCCGGCGAGGAGCCGCUUGAGCUGCGGGUCCCGGCGAGAGGAGGAGGUCGGUGGGUCGAGUAGAGUCGAGUAGCCGCUGGGUGGUGAGAGGAAGACGCCAUUUGAGUGUGGGUUCUGGAUUCCACCCUGUCACCUGAAGUUACCCUGAAGGACUCCUUGGUAAAAUGGCAGAAGCAAUAUUUCGCCCACCAAAAAGAAAGCGAAGGGUGUAUGAGUCUUAUGAAGCACCUCUUCCUUUGUGGUUCACUCAAGAAGAAACCAUUUCAAACGAGCAAGAACAUUAUUAUGCUGAAAUGAUAAAUAACAAUGUAAUUGUGCGAAAUCCCGAGGACAUAAGAGCCCUUUAUGGAAAGGGUUAUUUUGGAAAAGGAAUUAUCUCAAGAAGCAGACCAGUUUACAAUAUUUCAGACCCUGCUUUACUUGCCAAGUGGAAAGAUGCCAAUUCUAAGCACCUGCCUGUAAUUUCAUCAAAAAAGUUUCAACAUCAUAUCGAUUGGGCGAGAAGUCUCCUGCAAGCACAGGAGGUGGAGGACAGUUGCAUUGAAAAAAUGCUUGAAAAAUACACGCAAUCAAUUGAUUUGUCAUGUGAUGGAAGCAGUAAGUUCUGCGAUAGCUCACAGGAAAAAAACACCAACUUUCCUACAUCAGAAACUAACAAUGUUGAAAAAUGUGGAGAAAUACAAAAUGGAGAAAAUCAUCCUGCAACAAGCCUUCAAAAUAAGGAAUAUAAUUGGGAAGGCAAUGCUCCUUAUGAUCCACCAGCAAAAUGUGAAAAUAUCGACUGUGAAGCUGCUGGCAGGGACGAUCAGAUCCAUGUGCAUUGCCCCAGACAUAAUGAUUUCACCACACACUGUGGCUGCCAAAAUCAAGAUGUUACCAAAGAGACUCGGCAUCAUAAUUCAAUUCAAGACGACAAACUUUCUUCAGAGCAUGAAUAUGUACUAGUGGUAGAAAAAAUUCAGCCAUGUUCUGAUCAACCAUUGAAUAAUGAGGUGACAGAGAGGUUAGUCUGCAAGCGGAAUCCUUUCAAGGUUUUUGAGUAUCUUCAGCUCAGUUUGGAAGAGGCCUUUUUCCUCGUUUAUGCCUUGGGAUGUUUAACUAUUUUUCAAGAUGAGGAGCCUCUGACUAUUGUCAAACUAUGGGAAGUAUUUAGUGCAAUACAGCCCGGGUUUAAAGCCAAUUACAUGGGCUAUCAUUACUUUCGAGGUAAAGGCUGGGUGCCAAAAACUGGACUGAAGUAUGGAACAAACCUUUUGCUGUAUCGAAAAGGACCUCCAUUUUAUCAUGCAAGUUAUUCAGUCGUGGUUGAAAUGGUUGAUGACAAUUGCCAGGGCUUGCAACAGAGGCCUUUUACAUGGCAGUCGCUUGCAGGGUUGGUUCGAAUCACUACAAAUGUCUCUAAGGAACUUAUGUUAUGCUAUUUGAUUAAGCCAACAAAUAUGGCUGAAGAAGAAAUGACUUCACCAGAAUGUAUGAAGAGAAUUAAAGUUCAGGAAGUGAUUGUAAAUCGCUGGAUUUCUUCCAGAGAACGCACUGACCAAGAGGAGAUAUAGCAUUUUCCAAUGGUUUAAUGUAUGAAAUAAAAUUAUUGUAGCAGGACAA